AGAAGUUGUAGCUUUAAGGUAGUUUUAGCGGUUAAACACUGCCAGUGCCAGACCCGAGUUUCUUGCAUAAGAGAGCCUCUGCUCCUAAACAUAACAAUUAUUCCUCUGUUUCUUCCCCUAACUCUUCUUCUCCAUUGUUUCCUUGCUUGCCUUCGCCUCUGUGGGUUGAUCUGAAUCACAGGCUUGUUGGGAAUCGCUUGCAUUAACGAUAAAUUGGAAGAGUGAUUACCUUUGCAUGCAGAGGAUCUGAGCUAUGUUCUGCUGCGGAGGUGCAGAGGAAGAACCCAACGGUCAGCCUGCUAAUCAAUAUACAGCCCCACCCAGAGGUGGCACCCCGUAUGGAGGCGGACCUGGCGCCGGCAGUGGAAGAGGAGGGGAUCCAAGGAGUUCCAAUGUGAUGAAAACUGGUGCUCCACAGAAAGUUUUGCCAAUUGAAACUCCAGCUAUAGCAUUGGAUGAGUUAAAUAGACUGACUGGUAAUUUUGGUCAGAAGGCGUUGAUCGGAGAAGGUUCGUAUGGUCGGGUUUUCUACGCCAAGUUAAAAGAUGGUCAGGAUGCAGCAAUAAAGAAGCUUGAUACUUCACAAGAGCCAGACACAGAUUUUGGAGCUCAGUUGUCAGUAGUUUCAAGACUUCAACACGAACAUUUUGUGGAGUUGAUGGCAUAUUGUUUGGAGGCAAACAACAGAAUUCUAGUUUAUCAGUUUGCAACAAUGGGUUCUUUACAUGACGUAUUACACGGGAGGAAAGGUGUUCAAGGAGCUGAACCAGGUCCAGUUCUAACCUGGAAUCAAAGAGUUAAAGUUGCAUUCGGUGCAGCAAAAGGCCUCGAGUAUCUCCAUGAGAAGGUCCAACCCCCAAUAGUUCAUCGCGAUGUCAGAUCGAGCAAUGUCCUUCUUUUUGACGACUUUUUAGCCAAAAUUGCUGAUUUUAAUGUGUCGAAUGCAUCUUCGGAUACUGCAGCUCGAUUGCAUUCAACUAGAGUGUUGGGAACCUUUGGCUACCACGCUCCAGAGUAUGCCAUGACAGGACAGAUAACCCAAAAGAGUGAUGUUUACAGUUUUGGAGUAGUUCUACUAGAGCUCUUGACAGGGAGAAAGCCGGUAGAUCAUACAAUGCCUAAAGGACAACAAAGUCUUGUCACUUGGGCAACUCCAAGGUUGAGUGAAGACAAAGUGAAACAAUGUGUGGAUCCAAAGCUAAACAAUGAAUACCCACCAAAAGCCAUUGCCAAGUUAGCAGCAGUUGCAGCACUUUGUGUUCAGUAUGAGGCAGAUUUCAGGCCAAACAUGACAAUUGUUGUCAAAGCACUACAGCCACUUCUUACAUCAAAACCAGCAGGAUCUGACUCACAGGCAUAAAAAAAAAUGUUCUUCAACCACCAAAUCACCGGGCCAAGAUUUAUAUUCUUUCAAUUUUUUCUAUCUACUUUAUAUCGUUGUCGAGAGGAACUACUGUACUCAAAUUAUUUUUCCUUUUGGAGAUUUUGAAAGGCAAAUUGGAAA